AUGGCGGCGAAGACGCAUUAUUCCUGUGGUGCUGCUCUCGUCUUCCUCCUGGCCGGCGUGCUGGCGGCGCCGGCGGCCUCGAUAACCCGGAGUGACUUCCCAGAGGGGUUUGUGUUCGGCGCGGGCUCCUCCGCCUACCAGGUUGAAGGUGCAGUUGCUGAGGAUGGAAGAAAUGCUAGCAUCUGGGACACAUUCACACAUGAAGGCCAUUCUUCUGACGAUGCUACAGGCGACGUAACAGCAGAUCAGUAUCACAAGUACAAGGAAGAUGUAAAGCUUUUGCAUGAAUUAGGUGUCGAUGCAUAUAGAAUGUCGAUUGCCUGGCCUCGACUUAUUCCCGAUGGUCGGGGAGCUGUGAAUCCAAAGGGAUUGGAGUACUACAACAAUCUGAUAGAUGAACUUCUGAGCUAUGGAAUACAACCUCAUGUAACGAUAUAUCAUUUCGAUUUUCCUCAGGCACUUCAAGAUGAAUACAAUGGGCUGAUUAGUCAUAAAUUCAUAUCGGACUUCACUGGGUACGCAGAUGCGUGCUUUAAGAACUUUGGCAACAGGGUGAAGUACUGGAGCACUGUCAAUGAGCCUAACAUUGAAACGGUUGGUGGAUAUGACGAAGGAAUUCUGCCACCACAGCGGUGCUCAUCGCCAUUCGGCUUCCCUUGCAACGGCGGCAACUCCACCACAGAGCCAUACAUAGCAGCACACCACCUUCUUCUUGCACAUGCUUCGGCUGUGUCCUUGUAUAGAGAGAAGUACCAGGCUGAGCAAGGAGGACAAAUUGGACUGAGUUUGCUUGCUUGGUGGUUUGAGCCCGCAACACAGACUCCGGAAGAUGCAGCAGCAGCUGAGAGGAUGAAGGAAUUCCACAUUGGAUGGUUCAUGCAUCCUAUAGUCUAUGGUGACUACCCUCCAGUGAUGCAGAAGAAUGUGGGGUCAAGGCUACCAUCUUUCACUGAUGAAGAAAGGAAAAAAGUAAAGAGGUCAUUCGAUUUCGUUGGAUUUAACCACUACAUUGUUGUCCAUGUGAGAGCCGAUCUUAAUCGGCUGAAACAGAAACUGAGAGACUACAUGGGUGAUGCAGCUGUGAAAUUUGAUAUACGACUCUUGAUGUCAGGCAACCAGUUCCCGAUCAGGUUGACAAUUGAUUUUAAGACAUCCAAACCAUGGGCUCUGAAGAAAUUGCUGAAGCAUGUUCGAGUGAAAUACAAGAACCCAGCAGUCAUGAUUCAUGAAAAUGGAGCUGCCGACCGAACUGAUCCGUCAGGUGGAAACAGCUACGACGACGAGUUCAGGUCGCAGUUCUUGCAGGAUUACAUCGAGGCCACGCUUCAAUCCAUCAGGGGUGGAUCAAACGUGCGUGGGUACUUCGUCUGGUCAUUCCUAGACAUGUUCGAGUACCUGUUCGGUUACCGUCUCCGGUUCGGCCUCUACGGCGUCGACUUCAGCUCGCCAGCGAGGACGAGGUACCAGAGGCACUCAUCGCGGUGGUACUCCAGCUUCCUCCACGGUGGAGAGCUCAGGCCGGUGGCUCUGCUGGACAGGGCGUACUACCGGUGA